UUCAGUUUGUUUUUGAACCACGGUGUAAGCAGCAACGGGAAAAAAGAUGAAGUUUUUCUUGGUUGCUUUUUGCAUAUUGGGUUAUGGAAGUGCUAGUGUUCUUCAAGGGUAUCCACCAUCUUGUCAACGUUACGGAAUAAAUUAUGAUAGUUACACAUGUCCAGAUGACUUCAAAUUUAAUGAAAAAAUCCAGGCCUGUGAUUUUCCGCAAAACGUGAACCAAGAAUGCAACAAACCGAAAGCAAUUGAUGAAACGUCUUUUUCUGUCACAACUACACCACAAUAUGUACCCACUCCUCCAGUCUCCGAAAUUUUGCUAAAUGACCCAGAGUGUGCAAAUGUACAACUUGACUACCAUCCACACCCUUUUGAUUGUAGUAAAUUUACUCUGUGUUAUAACAGCAAGAAAUGGUAUUUAGACUGUCCAGAAAAUUUUCAUUUUGACAAAAAUAGUCAAAUGUGCAUAAACCAAGAGUCUUCUAGAUGCUUUGUUGACCCCAGAUGCACGCAAGAUAUUGAUUUUUUACCGCAUCCUACCGACUGCGCCAGUUAUGUUGAGUGCUACUUUAACAUUUCUUACGUCCAAAUUUGUCCAGAUGGAUUGUGGUUUAAUUCAUUUCAGAAAAAAUGUACUGGUCCAAAAUAUGCGAAUUGUGCGGUUACAGUACCACCGUGGGCGUCAACUCAGUUCAGAUGUCCCGGAUACAGAAAAACAGAACCAAGUACCUACGGUUGCAAAUUUUAUAUCCACUGCGACCAAUAUCAAGGUACUCUAAAAAUAUGCCCUGAUGGUAUGGCAUAUCACGAAAAUAACCAACUCUGCUCUGUAGCUAAUUUGCAAAGAUGCCAAAAUUACAAACAUACUGCUGUCGCUUGGACUACUCCACCCCCCGAGGCACCCGUUCCCUUGAGUUACAAUUUCCCUGGAUGUGGGUCAAGGAAGCCGUAUUUCAAACACCCGAUUAGUAAGAACAAAUUUAUAGAAUGUGUUAACAACUUGGCUUUUGAAAGAAAUUGUCCUGAAGGCUUAAUUUACAUAGACCGUCAUUAUCCUGAUGAAGGAAUAUGUUCGCAAUCAUUUAGAACCUAGAACGCUUUUCAGACUUGUGGUUAAAAUAAACACAAUAUUCUGUUGACUUUUAUUUGUCCCAUAAUGUUUUAAUUAACCAAUAAACUACAGUUAUUAAUACA